UUCGCCGGUUAAUAACAUGUCUUCAUUCUCUCUCCCAUACACACAGUGAAUAUUUCAGAUUCAUUUCUCUCUCUCAGAGUACGACGACAACGAACCAGAGCAGAGAAGACGAGAGAAAACGAUAUAUAUAUAUAUAUAAAUAUAAAUAUAAGGACUAGAGAGAGAGGCCGAUGCAGCAGAAGGGAAGAGCCAACAAUCGUAGAUCGAGGACCUUCUCUAGAUCCCGCCUUGCCGUUGAGGGUUCUUAAUAACAAUUCUCACCCCAAAUUCCACAUCUCCAACAUUCAUUCUAUCUGCAUUUUCAAUUAUCAUAUCAAUCCCUUUGAAUUCAAAUCUAUCUCUUUUACGCCAUAUCUUAUAAGCUGAUAUACAAUGGCUGCGGAAGGAGAAGAACGUGAGGUUCAAAAGAACUACUGGAUUGAGCACUCUGCGGACCUCACGGUUGAGGCUAUGAUGCUCGAUUCCAAAGCCUCUGACCUCGAUAAAGAAGAGAGACCCGAAGUGCUCUCGUUGCUCCCACCAUUGCAAGGAAAAUCAGUUCUCGAACUAGGGGCUGGUAUUGGCCGUUUUACUGGUGAAUUAGCUAAGGAGGCUGGUAAUGUUCUAGCCUUGGACUUCAUUGAGAAUGUGAUAAAGAAGAAUGAAACAAUCAAUGGACAUUAUAAUAAUGUCAAGUUUAUGUGCGCUGAUGUGACAUCUACAGACCUGAAUAUUUCUGCAGAAUCAAUGGACAUGAUAUUCUCAAACUGGUUACUGAUGUAUCUCUCUGACAAAGAGGUUGAGAAUCUUGCAAAAAGAAUGAUGAAAUGGUUAAAGCUUGGAGGGUUUAUUUUCUUCAGAGAAUCAUGUUUUCAUCAAUCUGGAGACUGUAAGCGAAAGAACAACCCAACCCACUAUCGGGAACCCAGAUUUUAUACAAAGGUCUUCAAAGAAUGCCAGACGCAUGAUGCCCUUGGGAAUUCCUUUGAACUCUCUCUUGUUAGCUGCAAAUGCAUUGGAGCUUAUGUGAGAAACAAAAGAAAUCAGAAUCAGAUUUGUUGGAUAUGGCAGAAAGUCAGGUCAGAAGAUGAUAGGGGUUUCCAGCAGUUCUUGGAUAAUGUCCAAUAUAAAUGUAAUGGUAUAUUACGUUAUGAACGCGUGUUUGGACAAGGUUUCGUGAGCACAGGAGGGAUUGAUACAACGAAAGAAUUUGUUGGGAAGCUGGAUCUUAAGCCUGGCCAGAAAGUCCUAGAUGUGGGCUGUGGCAUUGGAGGAGGUGACUUCUACAUGGCUGAGAAUUUUGAUGUUGAUGUAGUCGGCAUCGACCUCUCCAUAAAUAUGGUUUCUUUUGCUCUUGAAAGGGCAAUUGGGCUCAAAUGUUCAGUUGAAUUUGAGGUUGCUGAUUGCACCAAGAAAACAUAUCCUGACAACACAUUCAAUGUGAUCUACAGUCGUGACACCAUUCUCCACAUUCAGGACAAACCUGCACUAUUUAAAUCUUUUUACAAGUGGCUGAAGCCGGGAGGCAAAGUUCUUAUUAGUGAUUACUGCAAAAGAGCUGGACCUCCAUCCCUCAAAUUUUCAGAAUAUAUUAAGCAAAGAGGAUAUGAUCUGCAUGAUGUGGAAGCAUACGGCCAGAUGCUUAGAGAUGCUGGUUUUGACAAGGUCAUUGCUGAGGAUCGAACUGAUCAGUUUAUGGAAGUUCUGCAGAAGGAAUUAAAUGCGGUUGAGGAGGACAAGGAAGCAUUCAUCCAGGACUUUUCUGAAGAAGACUAUAAUGAAAUAGUUGGUGGUUGGAAUUCGAAGCUGCUCAGGAGUUCAUCAGGGGAGCAGAGAUGGGGCCUUUUCAUUGCCGAGAAGAAGUGAUCUCUGACUUCCUCUCGCAUUCUUUUAGUAGUUAUAUAUGUGUCUUAAGUCAAUGAACUUGGUAUUAGAGAAUAAAAAUGGAGUAUGGUAAUUGCUAGCGACGUGCCUGGAUAGGCAAAGACUGGAGGGAAACUUAUAAUCUUUAGCAUUCACCACACUUGUGAUCACGCGAACCCAUGACCCCUAAUUUGUUCAAGGUUAUAAUACAUUGAUUCUAUCUCAUGUUUGUCCAUGAGAAUCUAUUAUAUGUAGUUGAAUUGUGGUCGGAUGGGCACCUUGUUAUAUAGUUGUCAUUUGAUCGUGGAAUCAAAAUUUCAAUUUGAUUAUGAGGUA